AGAAUUGUCAAUGAAAUUAGUCUGCAAGUUUUUUUGAACCGUGCAUUGAGGCGCUGAAAGCAGACGUCUGUUGGGUGGCACUUUUUGAAACCAUAAUCUAUUUAGUAGUACACAUGUGUUAGGCUUCUUUGAUGGUCUGACAUUCACACCUACAGCGGCAGCAGUGAAGCGCCGCCUCCUGCUUGCAGGUUAGAUAAUUGUCAUUCUUAUUACGCAGCAGGGCCCUGCCCAAGUGUUCUUUCCUCAUCAGUUACCAGAAGGAACAGAAGUCAGAAACCUCACACUGCAUUCCAUUAGACUUGUUUGCGUAGAUACGGAAAAUGGAUGAAGAGUUGACCACUCCAGAGAUUUCAUACGAUGAUUUUGAGGAGCCGUGUUCGAUGGAGCGCAGGCUCCACAUUGAGAACUUCCUCCAGUUGUUCAUUCACCCAAUCAUUUGUGUAGCCGGUUUCAUUGGCAACACCCUCGUGAUUGUGACGUACGCUCUCUACAAGCGAACCAAGUCCAUGACUGACGUGUACCUGCUGAAUGUGGCCAUUGCUGACAUCCUGUUUGUGGUGGCCCUGCCUUUGAUUAUCUACAGCGAGCAGUACGGGUGGUCCAUGGGGAACUUAUCUUGCAAGCUGCUGCGUGGCAUCUACAGCGUGAACCUGUACAGCGGCAUAUUGCUUCUGGCUUGCAUCAGCGGAGAUCGCUACCUUGCCAUCGUGCAAGCCCGCCGAUCUUUCCGGCUGCGUUCAAGCACUCUGCUUUACAGCCACCUGGUCUGUGCAGCCGUCUGGAUUUUGGCCUUGCUCCUGUCCCUCCCCACCUUCAUAUUUUAUGAGCGUUACCAACCCGGCCCAACCGCAUUCAUUGCAAACAGUACAGAAGGCGGCGACGACGACAGGGACUAUGUCUGCUUCUUCUCAUUUCAGUCAAAUCAAACGGCACGUACGAUGAAAACCGUGGUGCCCAGCUCUCAGGUGGCGAUGGGUUUCUUCUUGCCUCUACUGAUCAUGGGAUUCUGUUACUCCAGCGUCAUUGUCACUCUCCUUCGGGCCAAGAACUUUCAGAGACACAAGGCAGUGCGUGUGGUCCUUACAGUGGUCUUUGUGUUUGUGGUCUGCCAUAUGCCUUACAAUUUAGCACUGUUGUAUUAUACCAUCAGCAUGUUUGAAGAACAGGAUUGCAGCCAUGAGGAAGCCGUCUCAUUGACCAUGAUCAUCACAAGAAGCCUGGCGUACCUGCACUCUUGUCUCAACCCCCUACUGUACGCCUUCAUUGGGGUAAAUUUCAGAAACCACUUCCGUAAGAUCCUAAGGGACAUCUGGUGCUUGGGGAAGAACUACAUGUCAGCGAGACGGUCCUCACGCGCCACCACAGAAAUGUACCUUUCCACACGGCGCUCUAUGGAUGGCUCGACCAAUGACAAUGGGACUUCGUUUACCAUGUGAUUGGGUGCUGAUUAAGGGCAACGUACCCAGCUUUGUGACUGACAGACUGAUUAGCAUCAAUCAAUGUUGAUCAUCUUCAUAUUGUUCCAAACCUGUAUGACUUUGUCUUUUGUGUUUCACAGAAGAAAGAAAGUCAUGCAUGUUUUGUUUGGAACAGCAUGAUUGUGAGUAAAUGAUGACAGCAUAUUUUAAGGAAUGAAUUUUUUCUUUGAUAUUUUUGAUUUUGAGAAAUUCUACCAAUUAUAAACAAGAGGGAAAAGUGCAAACCACAUAAGAACCAUUUCCAGAUGAGAUCAAUGUGGUCAUUCCUUGUUUGCGAUAUGUAAAAAUGGCAGUGUAAAAAGUCUUCUGUAUAUGAAUGAAUAUUGCAGUUGAAGUGCACUAUAUGUAGUACGUUAUUUUUCUAUUUGUACUAUCUACCUGUUGUACAUAUCUUUAAUGAUGCCCAAUGUACCUGAAAUAAACAGACACUGUUUUAUCUAAAUAAAUUUAGGCAAAGUAUUAAAAUACAAAAAUAAUUAAGGGUGACACUCUGAAA